CUUUGUUGUCAGACGGUAGCGAGGUAUCGUCAGAGCUAGCUCGCCUAGUCUCUAAUAUAGAACGAAAACAGUUUAGGAAAUGAUUAAUUUGACGUUUUGACGCACCAGAAUCAUCCCGAAGGUGGGAUCAGUGGUAAAUCAAUUCGAAGAAUUCGCCAGCGAAGAGGAAGUUUGACAAACAACGAGAUUCCACAUGUCAUCGGCAGCAGAGACAGUCGAAAAUGCCUCUAUUAUUUCAGAGAGCACGGCCCAUGAUGGAAACCGCUUGUGGAUAGGAAACAUUGAUCCCAAAAUCACAGAGUAUCACCUGGUGAAGUUGUUAGAGAAGUUUGGCAAAGUGAAACAGUUUGACUUCCUGUUUCACAAGUCUGGGCCUUUGGAGGGACAGCCACGAGGCUACUGCUUUGUCAACUUUAGCACCAGGGAGGAGGCUGAGAGGGCUAUCCAGUGUUUAAAUGGGAAGCUAGCUUUGUCCAAGAAGUUGGUUGUGCGCUGGGCACACGCACAGGUGAGGAGGUUUGAAGGUUUUCGUAAUGACAAGACGAUGCCUCCCAGCCUGGAACCGUCAUGCAGCGGUUCAACAGAGGAUGGAUCCAUAACAACCAACCACCUCAGCACGAGUGCUAAGAUCCGCGCCAUCGAAGCCAAGCUCCAGAUGAUGGAGGAGAAUCCAGACGAUAGCUACUCAGGCCCGUCUGCCUACGUUUACAACAAGCCGCCGGAGAGGAAACGCUGGGAGCCCUACUCUAAAUCACACCACAGCAACCAGAGCAGGCCCCGCAAGUUCAGGAGAUGACCCAUCCUCCCACUUAUUCUAUCCCCAGCCACCCACCCCUUCCUCUCUAAACCCAAAGCCAGCGUCUACACCUCAGCCCCCACCUCCACACAAACAGUUUCCACAUUCAGUACUUUCGACUGUCCGAUGUGGGGAAAAUAAAAACUCUCGAAGGUGAACCCUGACUGUUAAGGAGUAACCACAGCCAUCAUGGACGGCACCCAAAAUGGGUUUUGGGUUGUUUUUUUUUAAUUAUUUCAGGUCUCAGAAUCAUCGGUCGUUAUUUAGCCGGACAUGUGACCCAAACCUGGCUGACGUGCAGGUCGGGCCUCUCGUCGGCCUGCCUCAUCACGAUUUGCAGCGAUUGAACCAGUUGAAAGUGUUAAGCGGUGUAAACGCUGCUUCUCGUUUUGUUUUGAACACACAUCUUCUAACUUCCAGAUCACAUUAUUUAAUUAAGGAAUAUGUUUCUUUUGGAGGGCGGGUUGGGCUUCGGUUUGUCCUAAUUGGUUACUAUUAAUGGAGUGUAAAAAUAAUAAGCCACAAGCCGCUUAGCGACUCUCACUGCGAGUUUUAGUGUGUGUGUGUGUGUGUGUGUGGGCGCGCUUGAUUUCUCCCCCCUUUGUUCUUUUUUUUUGUUUGUUUUUUUUCUUGGAUCUAAUUUUAUACGACUGUUUUUAAUGACUUUUGCGUAGCAUUUAGAUCCAUCCCUGGUCGCAUUCUUGUUAUUUAAAAUUCUCAAUUAAAGGUAAAUAAUCACUUCGCUCCUGUGUUUUUCAUGUUGAUGGUGUUCUUUGUUGCCAUUAAAAUAUUUUGUUUCCAUUGCCCAAAAGCUCCCUCUCCUCACCACAUGUAACCCUUUCGUUUUGGGGGUUUUUGUUUGUGGAAAAUCAGCCAUCAUGGAUCAAAUCAUUUAUUUAUUACCAGAAAGAGCAUCUAUGUAACAACAUUAUCCACAAUAAUCAUAUAGUCUUAGCUAUUGUAGCCUUUUGAGGCUCACUUUUCCCACUCUGGUAUGAUGAAUAUUAAGUAGUUUACUAUUUUUGUGCAGUUCCUGUAAAUACUUCCAAUACUUUGUAGGCCUUUUUGUAAGACUGAUUAAUGUGGACACAUUUUCUUUAUUAUAAAUUGCAUUUUUUUUUUCAUUUCAUUUUUUCUUUAUUGGAGUUUGAGGCUCUUAUGAUUUUUUUUUUUUGAUUUUUUUUUUAAAAGAAAAAAAAGAGACGAAAUCCUGAUGAGACUGUAAACUGGAUUUAAUUGGCAGAUGAUUGGAUUUGCUGGCCAAAUGGCCUUUUCUGUUUUUGUGAGGUUACCAAGUAGGAACUGUUGGUCUACAGCUCGCAGCGGGCUAAUUGUUGGAGAAGACGGAAGAGCACAAUUUCGUGCAGACCGAUGGACCAAAUCCUACCUCUUGACAUCACUCAGCUCUUCGUGGGAUUUGUUUGUUGCUGUAAAAUCAUUCAUGCGGCUGCAGAACAUUUGUGAAAUCCAUUACAGCAUUUUUUAAAUUCUAUUUUUGUUUUAUUUUAUUUAUUUAUUUUAUUUUCCUUGCCUGUAAUUAUCUGUUUUCAAUAAAGGGCCCACUGGAUAAAUAUAUCCUUUUUAGUUCAUGGAUA